AUGCCUCCACUCCCCGCCUCGAAGGGAAACACGGAGGAUGAAGUGAAGAGAUCGGAGGAAUUCUUGAACCAGCUGAGCUUGGGAAGCACAGCCACCGGGACCCCGCUGACCCGCGAUACUGCGCGGUUCGAGGCCAGCCGCUCUAGAUCGGGGUCUGCAUCUCGACAUCCAGAAGCAGAGGUGCCUGGAGAUGGAUGUCAUCUCUUAGAAGAAGAGGAGAACCAAAUGUACCAAGAGAAGAACUACCACAUCAAUUGGAUCGCAUCAGUUCGUGAAGAGAUGCGCGACUUUUUGACCAUCUUCAUGGGGAAAUUGCAGAACACUGGGUUGCUGAACACGCUUCUCUUCGGUAUAUCGACAGGCUUCCUUUGUGAGGGCGAGCUGGAUAAAACUGCCCCAGAUUCUCUGGUAUUUGCAUAUUACAGCUUUCUGAUUAUCAGCAUGCUGUACUUUGGCUGCUCAAUCCUUUUCUGCUUCAUUGGGCUAGCAAUCGCUUGUGCAGAAAGUCGCAGGUUCCUUCUGAAGUUUGUGCCAGAUGUUCACGAUGCUUACAAUGUUGAUUACAUCACGAAGCUUCUUCAAUGGGAAGGCAAGGGCGAGGCAUUGCGCAUCCCAUUUGUCAUGGAGCCUCGUCGUCUUGCAGAGAAGAAAGAGAAGCAGAAGCAGGCAGGGGCCGCCGAGGCGAACACGGAAAAGGAGGACUUCUACGAUCAUUUUGAGAGCAUGAUGCACGAGUUCAAUGAGCCAACAGAGGUGGAGUAUCUUCGCAAGGGUGGCACGACCACCCGCUUCUGGGAAGGCAGCCCCACCAGUGCCGAGAGCGACGAGGAGAUGGGAGAAGGAGAACGACUCGAGAACAGCUUUUAUGAGGUCAUCGGACGAUACAGCCUGCUUUGGGACUCUUGCUCCCUGGCAAGUCACAACUCGAUGAUGGUGGGCGUGUUUGCAUUAUGGCAAAGCUUUUCGUAUUAUUUGUUCGGCCACGACAUGAACCGAUCGUUGCAGGCUCGACUAGGCAUGUAUGUCACGACCACGAUCGCUAGCCUUGCCCUCGGGGGUCAACUUUGCCGGCUGCUAAGCGUGAAGACCGAGCUGGACAGGAAGGAACAUCAUGGCGCAGGGGAGGAAUGUUUCGACCCAGGACGCAAACUUAAGCAUUGGGUUCUCAAGUUACUUAUGAUUCUGGCACCAGCUCUGGUGAUGAGCGGUGUUCUGUGUGCAAGUGAGGUUCUGCUGGUCCAAGGGUAUUUGGCUCACGGAGCGCUUCAUGCGUACCUGGCGGUGUUCCUCUUCCGAGCUUUGCGCAAGUUGCCAGGACAGGCUGAGCAAAGCGCACUUGGAAAGGGCUUGCCACCGGCACGGCCCGAGAAGAUGAGGCGAUUGCGAGGAAAAGGCUGUGGAAGCGAUCGUGGCGAGAUCGGGCUGGAGGCACGGGAGUCGCCAGAGCCGAUGCUUCGCCAGCUCCUUUUCGAGAGCGAGAAGAAAGCGAUGCAGACGGCCAUAUUCAUGAAGAGACUCCUGCUCAAGAGCCACCUCGUAGCCUGCCUGCCCUGGGCUUGGUUGGCUGUGGGUACUUUGCAGACUAUGGCAGUUGAGGCUGGCAAUGGUUCAAAGGUCGAUAUGACCGAGGUGAACGUGACUUGGGCAUCGCAUGCCUUCUUCAUCGCCCGUGCGAUGACGUGCUCGCAAAGCGGCCAGGUCUGGAUUGCCAGCGACGACGGCGUGUUUGCGAUUGCACAUGGGGCGGACGGCGGUGGUGUUGAAAGUAUCGAUUGUCCAGCUUUGCCUCUUGGUGAGAACGUGAAGGAUAUUUCCGCCUUGUGCUCGGAAUCCAGCUGUUGGCCUGCAGUGCUUGGAUCAAGUGGAAAGCUUUACAGCUGUUCCAACCCAGACGGAGCCAUAAAUCCCUUUACAGAGAUGCCAGGAAUCUCUGGUUUUGCUUUGGCAGGUGAAGGUUUCUAUGUUCGGAAGCACGACAGCAUCCUUCACUUCCCAACCCGAAAGUCUGUGACUCGUCCUCUGCCGGGUCUCAUUGGUUUUGACAUCCUUCCCAAUGCUGUAGGGGAGGACCUCUUCCUUUUCUCAGCAGAUAGGGCAGCAAGCAUACAACUGAAUGGGGCAACGAGCGGACUGCGGAAGUGGGCGUUGCCUGCCCAACUGCCCCCCUUGCGCGCGGCUUGUGCGAUCGCCCCGACCACAGUACUGGCCGCGGUGCAGGAUCCACGUUCAGAGGAGGUUGAGCCAGAGGUUGCUGAUCCACAGAAAUGCCGCGAGGACGUGCAGAUCAAGCAACCGCCUGGUCCAUCUCCAAAACAGGAGUUUAUGGAGUUCCGGCGGCGAACGUAUACCGCGCCUGGGAGCGAAAUGACCCAGGUGGGCCGGGUUAGCCGCCCCUCUGUCGACUUGUGCGACUCGGAUGAUGCAAAACACGAGGAGGUUGUGAUCUCCGGCCCGUUGCAGCAACGUUUUUGGGGCUUUUGGUGGAGAUGGAGGUGGUGUGUGCUCCAGGGCUCAACCAUGUACAUCUACCGAGACGAGGCCACAGAAACCUGUGCCUUUCCUGGCAGAAGAUCCUGCGGCAUGCCAUCCUCGUCCGAGAAGGUGUCUCAAGAAGAGGCCCUGCGGACGGCAGAGUUUGAUCUGCUGAGGCAGUUGCAGAAGGCUGUGCGCACAGUGAUCCUGACAGCAACGGUCAGCAACAGCUGCGUCAAUUGCUCGCACGGCCUCUGCUCGCAGCUCUUCAGACUGAUCCGCAGUUGCCUCCUGGCGGGAUGCCGGCGAUUCCGCGGUGCGAACCCGGCGGUCGACGACUUCCUGUUCUUGUUGGUCGUGCCGGAGUUUACAGGUUCUUUCAACAACGACCUUGACUUUGUGGCACACCUCUGUGUGAGUCAUUCUGUAGCCAGCUUUGCGCGCCAGCUCUUUGAGGACGAGCGGAGAGUGAGUCACUUCUACUGCGACUCUGCCAUCAUGAGGGACGAGGAGCUGCACCUGGCCUUUGUGUCCUCGCUCAUGGCGUUGGAGCCUGUCAAUUUUCAUCCGGACUCGCCUUACUUGGCGCAGCAAUGCCUUCGGGCCUCUUUGGACAAUCUUCGACUCCAGCCGGUUCUGUGGCUCCAACAGGGCAGUGGAAAGCUGGAAGAUCACGUGCCGGCGGCUCGCCCGGACAAGGUGCUGCCAAAGACGGACCUGGGAGCCCUCAGAAGCAAGGGCUCCUUGUCCAGCGUGUUGGCAGGCUUCCUGGCAGGCAAACGUCAAGUGGACCGGACCCUCGAAGAAGGUCCGGCGAAGUGGAUCGACAAGGUCGCAGAGAACAAACAUGACUGCAGCCUGGCAGCCGAAAGUGCUGGUGCGGCCGACGCCGCACAGGCAGCCGAUGGUCCUGAUGCAGCAGACAUGCUGCAAGACAACACGGCUGAAAAGCUGGAGGAGGCUGCCCUGGCCUUGAACGAGACGGAGGAGCUUCUCAGGCAGAUGGAGUUCGAGGCGCAGGAGACCCGGAGCCGGCCCGGGGACCUUGAUCCAGAAGAACCCACCAAGGCUCUGCUUUCGGAAGCCUUAACCAGCUGCUUCAACGUUUUGGACCUGGAGGACAUGGCAACGGAGUGUCCGGUAGAUGACGAAGGCCCUUUCGAUGCCCAUGCCGUCGAAGGCUCCGACAUCCAGCCUGCCUGCGAAAGCCCAGGCCCUCUGAAGGAGCCCCAGGGUUCUGUCAUGGGUGGUUCAGCUGCAGACCUCGGCGCCGAGCUCGCAGAUGCCUUUGGGCUGAAUGCCUCUAUGCCAAAGGAAGACGUUCCGGAGGUGGCGAUUGGCUUGCGUGAUCUCGUCCAUGCUGGGAGCAGGGCCAGGCAGGGAGAUGCACAGAGAUUGCACUUGGGGAGAAGAUCAGUGCCCGAGAUCGGAUCACUUCCCAUGCAGGCUUCGCCUUCCGGUUCGAGCAGCAGGUUACGAGCAAUCACAGCGACCCUUCCACUCGACGACCAGAGUCCAUCGGCUGGCGAAGCUGAUGAGGCCGACGAUGCCAUCGCUGCACUCGAGGGGUUAUGGAGGGACUCGCGACAGGACACUGCCAAGAGGCUCAUGAGGGCCUCCAUUUCCGUGGCAUCGGCCUCCAAGCUUGCCCGCAGUGACGCGCGGUCACGCGGAGCCAGUGACGCAAAAUCGGAGUCGGGUGCGUCGCAUCCAGGCUCCAGAGCAGCGCAUUUGGAGUCUCCAUUUUCGGGAGACGGCUCGGGCAGUGACUCUGAGAGUUCCUCCCAGCGAUCAGUGUCAACGCCGUCCCUGCUCGCCGUUCAGGGUGAGCCUUCGACACUUUUUCCAUCGCACGGGGUCCACUUGGAGUGGAAGUUGAAGAUGCACACUCGGCUUCCGAAGGAAGUGCAGGUGUCUAGACAACGAGGUCUGUGUCCUGGGUGCAGAGGGAGACUUCCUGCUAUCUCGCUCUUCCAGGGGCCCAGAUACUGCCACUACUUGGGCUACUAUUUCUGCACGGACUGCCACCACGGUGACAUUCGCGUAAUCCCUGCUCGAGUGGCGCAGCGCUGGGACUUCGAACCCAAGAAGGUGUGCAGAGCAGUCGCCAAGUAUUUGGACCUCCAAGUCAACCAGCCCCUCGUUCCCAUCACCAGCAUCCGGCAGACGAAGGUGUCUUCCCAAAAGAUCUUGACAGAGAUCCACAAUUGUCGUCAGCAGCUAAGCAGGAUAAAGGACAUCGUGGCUGAGCAGGGUUGCGAGUUCGGAGUCCAGAUGCACAGCUUUGUGGCGCAGCUUGAUGCCCACAUCGCACGCGGGCACGAGCACUACGCCAUGCAGGACCUCAUCCGCAUCCAUCUGGAGGGCUGGAGCUGUCCGCUCUACACGAAGGUAUCCCGUUGUGUUGCCGUCUGCUCCGACCAUAUCCACUCUUGCGCCCAAUGCUCCGGCUGUGCGCGGCGCUGCCCCAUCUGUGGCUCCGGAGCUCCGAUCUACCUCUUCGAGGUUGAGAAGCUUCACUCCUGCGAGCGGUGCGGAGCGGUGUUUCACAAGACUUGCUUUCGACGGGCAAACUCGGAGUGUCCGUUCUGUUUGGAAGCCACAUCGUCUCAGAGAAAGCCUUCUGUUGCAGCAGUUCAAGCUCGAUGA